GUGAGUGGAGGUGGAUGUCCUACUUGUCCUUAUGCAAACCAGCGGCAAGCGACAGGUAUGGCGGUGCAGCGUCGUUGAGCGAGAACUGCGAUGACAACGGUCAGUGCUUCCAGGAGUUCAUGUGCCGAUACAAGGUGAGUGCACGCCGACACUGCUUCAGCUUCAAAUCGAGUCUUCUUGCAUCAUCAGGAGCUGGAGAGGUGUUCGACUCUGCCAGACGGGGCUUUUACACUUUGGAGGGUGGUGCCACGAAUGCAAGCAACGCUUACCGACUGGUGGUUGUGAAGCUAGGAAGCAG